GCAGCAUUAGUGCAUACUUACAGAGUUCAAAGUUUUAUUGGUUGGAGCGGUACAGUUGCAUUUCGUAAUAUAUUUUAUACUUUACAAAGAGAAUUAAUUGCGAAUCUGUCCUUCAAUCGUUGCUCUCCUUUAAUCGGUGAUUAUGGUUCAGUUUGAAGAAGUUAACGUUCAUGGCUACGAAGAAUUUCGCAAAGCUGUGUCUGAAAGGGAUGGAAAAGACAUAUUUGUGUACUUCUCCGGCAACAAAGAUGACCAGGGAAAGAGCUGGUGUCCUGAUUGUGUGAAAGCUGAGCCAGUUGUUCGAGGAGAACUGAACCAUCUUCCCGACGGCUCCGUCUUCAUUUACUGUCAAGUUGGUGAGAGAUCCGUCUGGAAGGACCCUAACAACGAGUUUCGGAAGGCUCUGAAGCUAACCGGAGUCCCCACACUGAUGCGUUACGGCACACCCCAGAAGCUGGUGGAAGAGGAGUGUUUCAAAGCAGAUCUGGUCCGGAUGGUGUUCACUGAGGACUAGCCUGAACACACAAGUGAUGCUUAAGCAUGGCACACGUUUUGUCCUCUGCAUCUCAAAAUGUUCUAAUACUUUUGGCUCAUAGCUUUAUCAGUCUUUUAUAUGAAAUUUGACUCUGCUCUUGUUUAACACAGUGUAUGUUGUUGAAUCACAAUUUUUGCCUUUUGUUCAUUUUCCAAACAAUAUGAUUGUCCACCUUCGCAAGAUAUAAUCCUAUAUAUGAAAACUGAAAAUUAGCAGAUCCUUACUUAAACUCAAACUGGACUUAAAUGUGUGCUUAAAACUCAAAUGUACGGUUAAAUUGGGAGAUAAGGGCAUAAAAGAGAGCCCUUAGCUAAUUGUCUCAAAUUACAGUGUAAGAGGAAUUUUCUGUUGAUCUCAUAACUUUACUACCUGUGAUUUCUUUGAUAGUUAUGGAAACAUGUUUUGCAUUAACUGAAAUGAUCAUAAUUGCUUUAUGAUUCUGGUCAAAUAUUACUGGUACAAAUAAGAAUCAUUUAGUAGGAACUGAUGACUAAAGGAUAUACAUAUAUUUGUGUGUGUAACUGUUAAUUCAUAUACUCCUC